AUGGCAGCGCCGUCGCGUGGUAGCCAAGCAUGCGGCUCAUCUGCUAGCUUCGAUAUAUCUAAUGAGCACCUCACAUUUGUUUCUCAGGCUAUUGAUUCCGCUUCCGCGGAGCUGCGAAGAUUAAACCUCGAGAUUUGGAAUAAUCCAGAAUUGAAGUUCAAAGAGGAAAAGGCUUGCAAGCUCCUCACCGAAUGGCUCCAAUCGCAAGGGUGGACGGUAAAUACUGGGGUCUACGGCAUCAGCACGGCAUUUGAAGCGCGCUUUUCGGUGCUCGGCGGCGGCCGAACUAUUUGCUACAAUGCUGAAUAUGAUGCCCUUCCCGAAAUCGGACAUGCCUGUGGCCACAAUCUCAUCGCUACAUCAACCCUCGCGUCUGGAGUAGGUGUCGCAUCGGCAAUGAAGCACUUCGGUAUUCCUGGAACGCUAGUUAUUAUCGGCACCCCGGCCGAAGAAACUGGCGGAGGAAAGUACAUCAUGGCCAACAAUGGAGCGUGGAAAGAUUGCGACAUCGUGAUAAUGACCCACCCGAUGCCAGAUUUUUCCAGCUCGCAGAUGUUGACGAAAGCAUCAUGGAAAUUCAGGGCGAAAUUCCAUGGUAGAGGGUCCCAUGCGGGAGCGGCGCCUUGGGAUGGUGCGAAUGCUUGUGAUGCGAUUGUCAUGGCGUAUAAUGGCCUGGCAUUGCUUCGGCAGCAUGUUAAGAAGACGGAGAGUAUUCAGUCAAUUAUUUUGGAAGCGGGGAAGGCGGUUAAUGUCAUUCCUGAUUAUUCUGAAGGUCAUUUCUCCCUUCGUGCAGAGGAUUCCGUGUCGGUUGAGAAAUUGCGAGAACGGGUUAUCCCUAUUUUCCAUUCGGCUGCCGCAGCGACUGGCUGUACGGUGGAGCUGUUCUGGGACGCUCUAUAUGAAGACGUGGUGAACAAUAUGGCCCUCGCCAAUCGGUACACCAAUUACAUGCUGAACGGCCUCGGAUUUGACCCGGCUGAAUUCGUGGACCCUGCCACUCAGUCCAAGGCUGCUAUAGGAGGAAGCUCUGAUUUUGGCAAUUGCUCAUAUCUGAAGCCCGGCAUCCAAACGCUAUUCAAGAUCAAUGCGACCAACAUGCCGCAUACACCGGAGUUCCAGCAAGCAGCGGGCAGUGAUUUUGCACACACAGAAGCGCUCCGAGCGGGUAAAGCCAAUGCGAUGGUAGGAAUCGAUGUGCUCUUGCACGAUGAAUUCUACCAAGCGGCACAAAGGGAGUGGGAGAGCUCGAUGGAGGCGCGGGGGCGUAGAUAA